AAAGAUUAACAGGGAAAAGGAUAUACAGGCCGAAACAUAUGCACGCGAGCACCCAAAUGGAAUUCUUGACCAUGUAAGUUCCCCACUUUAUAUCUACUAUGUAUGAAUUUCAUCCGCGCAGAGCGAUGCUUUUUUUUUUUUAUCGCUCAUGCGACCAGUCCUGCUGCCUUUUACACUUAGAAAUCAACAUCUGGCGGUAAAAUCCUGGAUCAAAACGGAGAUGAUGAGAAUUUAGACAACGAUGCCAUCCUUGAAAAGAACCCUACAAAGCCAUCAAAGGGGCGUGGGACAACAAAGUCCACCGCCACACAACUUAGCCGGGGCCGUGGUAGAGGGAAGGCAGCAGCUAGAGCUUCUACCCUUAAUUCGAAUACGAGCAUGGAUGUCGAUCUGAACUCUGGCAGCGAGGAACAGGACAACGAAGAGAUCAAUAAAACCGCUUCAUCUAGAGGACGUACUCCAGGAGCUGGGACCAAGACUGCAGUAUCUUCUACUACAGCGAAAGCCCGAAAAUCUGGAGCCAAAGUGCUUGCACUGGACUCCCAAGACGAAGAUGAAGGCGAAGGAAACAUAGAUGAUGAUGACUAUGGAAAAUCACAUGCCUUCAAUAGUGCUCCCCAUGCAAAUGAGGCUCAUGUGAUUUUAGAUACUGAUGAUGAAGACAAAGGACCACCUCAGAAAGCUAUUGACGUUGAUCAUGAAGAGGAUGAAGAAGACGAGGACGAAUUCCUAUUGCCGAAACGUGGAGCAAAGGCUAAGGGCAAAGCCCGCGCAAAGAGCCCUGCAAAAGAAAAGCCUGCAUCAAAGGCGAGAGCUAGUGCGGUUACAAAGACUGCGACAGCUUCUACAACCAGUUCUGGCAGCAGCGGAGGAGCAACUUCAAGUAGUAAGCCAGCAGCGACCCCAACGCGGCCCAAAGGCCAAGCAAGCCAGAGUGCUAGCCAAGCACCAUCACGGCUCGUCGUAUCGAUCGGUAGCCGCAAGAAAAAACCACUGAUCUAGCAGAAGUUGUAUUUUCAAUAAACUUCCGUCUAUAUACA